AGUGAGGUGCGGUCUGUGUGUCUGUUAUUUCUUCCGAGGAGUUUUCUGCUGUUUGCGUCGUUGUUUGCUGGAUCACGCUGACAGGAUGUCCUUCGAUCUCACUUCAGCCCUGGGCUGCGAGGACGAGGUGACGAAGACCGAGGCAAACAAGGAUGAAUUUAGCUGGCCUUGGAGUAAGAAAAAGGAAGGCAGGAAGGCUGACAGCAAAGACAAAUGUGAUGGCAAGGAGAAAUGUGGCGGCAAAGACAAAUCUGGGAGCAAAGACAAACAUGGCGACCAUCCAAAAGAUGGAAAAAAGAAAAAGCACCACAAGGAUGGAAAUAAAUCGGGCACUUCCUCAUCUUCCUCUUCCUCCUCCUCCUCCUCCUCCUCGAGCAGUGAUGAGAACUGAUGCUUCCUGAGGGACCAAUCUGCUAAUCUGCUGCACUUGGCUGUGUGUGUGUGUGUGUGUGUGUGUGUGUGUGCGUGUGCGUGUCGAUGCAACCUUCCUUUUAUCCUGUUGCCAGUAACGCUAUGUUGAGGCGUGAACACAUGUAAUCAUUCGAAACAGUCAAUGAUGUGACUCCAAGCAGCAUACAGUAGGUAAGGUGUGUUGUCACCACAAGAUGGCACUGUUUCCUUCCUCCCUUUUUAUUCAUAGCUAAAGAGAUGUUGGCAUUUUUUGGUUUCGCAAAGAUUUAUGAAAUAAAACAAUUUAUUAAUUAAAUAAAAUCAUUAAUUCAUUCAGUUGCACUUAUGGUCAUCUCCAGGAAGCAGUAAUAAUAUACAUAUACCAGCCACAAUAUUAGGCACACUUGCACAGGUUGAUUUACAAAGAUAUAGUCAUCAUUUUUAGUUUUGAGUGAUAGUCAGAGGGGAAUUACAGUACGUAAUUUACUAUUUAAGCCGCACCCACCACAUUUAGAGGAAAAAUAUAUAUUUGUACUUAUAUAAGCCACUUCACGACCAGUCCAGGGUGUACCCCGCCUGUCGCCCUAUUGGCAGCUGGGAUAGGCUCCAGCAUACCCCCACCACCCCGAUGAGGAGAAGCGGUAUAGAAAAUGGAUGGAUGGAUAAGCCGCACCAGUCUAUAAGCUGCACACGACCACAUCAUAAAAUUGCAUAUUGUGGCACACACGAGUCUGUGGGGACCAGACAGCUCUUUGAUAGGAACCAAUCAUGAGCUAAGAAAAAACCCAGUCAGCCUGACUCACGGUGUCAUCUUACAAAGAACACGAAACUCAUCACACAGCAACUUAGCACUCAAAAGGUAUACAAACAUGUACCAAUGCAAGUUUAAAAAUGGGAUAAAAAACAAAACUAUUUAAAUUUUUUCCCAUAAUGCAUUGCAUCUGCGCAAAGCAUUUCAUUGGAGGACUUAACAUAGAAAAUGGAAGGAUGGCGCUGCAAUGCCGCCUCUGUCCACCAGAAGGAGCGAGAGGAGCUGAGAGGGAGGCUGACAUAAUUGCAGUGCUGUUGCCAUUUUGAGUGCAACCCUUUGUGGCACCUAACCUGUUUUUUUUUUAAUUGGCCGGCGACACAUUUUAAACAAAACAGCAAAAAAAAUUAGUAAUUAUUAUCUAAUUUACAUUACAUUGGUUUUUAACUUUUUAGCAAAAUUAAUAAUAUUAAAAUGACCUACGCGUCCUUUGAUUUCUUUUUUUUUUUUUUUUUUAAGUAUGCGGCCCAUGGUGGAAAUCACCCGUGAACUAGAGAAUCUUUGACUUGUGUUUUUGCAGUGGGUCCUUUAAAAUCUGCAGAGCACUCCUGUCAUAUAAUCUUUAACCAGCCUUAACAUCUUGCCUUUGUUUUAAUUUAUCAUUACAGCACAUUAGUCAUUUUGUGACUUAAAAAAAUGUACGAUAUGGCAGAGUCUUGCAUUAGCAUAAUACAAAAAUAAGAAUUACAGCGAAGGGAGAUGUCCUUAGCUUUCUGCAAAUGUGACCCACCGAACAAUUUAGUUGAAUAGCCCUGGCAACAAUUCCUUUUCUCACAUUCUCAGAGAGUUCUUUGCCAUGAAGUGCCAUGUUGAACUUCCAAUGACCAGCAUUAGACGGUGUUAGAGCGAUAACACCAAAUUUAACGCGCCUGCUCCCCAUUCACACCUGAGACGGCUAAUAAAAUGGCUAAUUGGGCCAAUUUGGACAUUUUCACUUAAGGGUGCACUCAUGGUUUUUUUUCCAUUAGACAUUAAUGGCUGUGUGUUGUUAUUUUGAGGAGACAGUAAAUUUACAGUUAUUCAAGCUGUGCACAGACUACUUUAAAUUGUAUCAACGUUUCAUUUCUUCAGUGCUGUCCCAUGGAAAUAUAUAAUAAAAUAUUUGCUGAAAUGUGA